GGUUGAGAAACAGUGACAUGACAUGGACCGUGUAGGUGAAGAUGUGAUCUUGCGCUGGAACGCCUUGAUCUUGUUCAGCCUCCACCGUUCACCGUCCGGCACUCUCUCACCCGUAGCGCAUGCGUCAUGCAAGUCACACGGUCUCUUUCAUUAGGUGUAUGGAGUCCGCAUUCAUUUUCGAGCUAUUACUAGCGAGCGCAAGGUCAUGUGCAGAUAGAUGGCAUUGGCAGGCAUUGGUCCAUCAUCGGCAUUUACACGGUUUGCGAGUCGGCGUCAAGGGUACAUGGAGCUGGAAUGCCCAUGGUCUUCAUGGCGUCUAUGAUCGACUUGUGGCAUUUGUGCGGGAUGGCUGCAUGGCUGGAUGGGUGUCUGAGCAGCAGCUUCGAGCUGGUUUAGCGAAGAGAUCUGGCAUGUGCAUGGCAUAAUUGAGCGACGUAGUACUGUAAUGACUCACAAUUGGCUUUCACGAUUUCUCCCUCCCGUCCUCGAAG